AUGAAGUCGGAAACGCAAGUGUCGCAGCGUGCAGUGACCAAUCCGCAAUCUCCUAAGAUAUUUCCGCCCAAAAGUUCAACCCCAAACAAGAAACUUUCCCGGCCUUCCACUCCAGGAUCACGGCGGAGCUCAGCUAGGCAGACAAGAAGUACGCCGAGCACAAAGCCAUCCGGGAGUUCUAGAGGAGUAAUACCCUCACCAGCGUCGGUGUACGAUAUCCCACAAGACGACCAGCCGGAUCAAAGAAGCCCAAAACGGCGGCGCAUAACAGAUGCAGCCUUGCAUACAAGCAGUCCGCAUAGCGAAUCGCGUAGGAUCGCCGCUAUCACAGAGACAAUCGAAGAGCUGAUAGCAGGUCAGCAAGCCCUACCCACAGCUUCUUCAGAACUUAUUCAUUCCACACCAGACGCUACUUUACAGCCUAAUGAACCACCACAACACCAAACACCGUUGCCCUCGAAUGCCCCACCUGGACACACCCCGUUACCAAACACCGUCAGUCCGGACAAUAACAAUCGGGACAACAAUUACCAAGAAACCAAUGAAGAUAUCCAAGCUCAGCGUACACCUGUCGCGCAACGUAGGCGGAAAAAGAGAAAAUCUGUUCGAUUACCUCCGAAGAAUCAUCAAAAACGGCGUUCCCAAGUCAACACUGGAAGUUCCAAAAAAACAAGCAAAAAUCUGGAGCCCAAUGAGGCCUUGAAUAAUGCAGAACAACCUUUUGACCAAGAUAAAUCCCGAAGUCCUACCGUACGGCGCUCAUCUCCUCCCAAGGAAAGGCACACGAGUGUGAAUCCUGAAGUACACAGGCUAGACUUACAAGAGGAAAGGGAGAAUGAUUUCCCAAGAAAUUUGGAACUACAAAACGAGGAAGGGGAGAGAGACCAUGGGUAUGAAGUGGACGAAGCUACCCGUUGGCGAGCUCCAGAGGGAGAGCAAGCAUACCAUCCAAUAGAAUCUCCCCAAAAAGCAGAACAACCUGAGCGAAGGAGGAAAAGAAGGAAAAAUGCGACCCGGGCGCCCGCAAGUGACAAAGAACCUCUCCAACACCAUAAAGAAUGGCCGGAGUCUACGCAGCCUGGACAACCAGAAAACACGCGGGCGGUCAAACCCAGACGAGGUCGCAAAAGGCGGAGUCGCGGAUCGUCGAAAUCGUCGGGAGAAGCUUUUCCAGACGAAGGUACUUCAAGUAAAAGUACCAUCCCCGUUACCGUUCAUCGUAUCUGCAACAUCUCUGCCCUCGAGGACAUGCUUUCUGAUAAGUCCAAUGUCUCCGAUGAUGAACAUUCGGGCUCCCACAACGCGACCAGGGAUCACAAAUAUCUAAACCGUAGAGGCAUUAACGCUGCUGACGUCCUAAGUCAAAUUUGUCAAGAAACACUGGAAAAGACCAUCUCUACUCUCCAAACAAAUAUUGACCGGGAAUUAAAUACUACCCGUGCUAAUGAAUGGAAACGUAAGUGCAAAGUUGUGCAAGAUUUUCGCUCGGAGUUGGAAAACUCUUUGUUCGGGAUUAGCGAGCUUCUUGAAAGCAAUCUCGCUCUUGCUGCGCGACUAAAAAGGGAUAAGAAGGAGGUGCUUAAUUUAAGGCACCGGCUAUUGAGCUUACGGAAGGAAAGAGAGGAGAUUGCUCUUCGAAUUGACAACGUACGGAAUAAGUAUGCGGACGAUGAAAGUGAAAGAAUGGUACAAGACUCACUCAACAACUCUAUUCACGAUCUCCAACUGGCUCUUGACCGAAGCCAUAAACGGAAAGAUGCCACGGACGCCAAUCCAUUUGCUGGUCUGGAAUUCCUCCUCCGAACAGUUGCUCAAGACGUUAGCUCCACAGCAUCGGACUCGCGAGGAGGCCUUUUGAACCAGGUCAAGCAAUUUAAUAACCAAUUAGAGAAGACUGCGGCUUUAUUACAACAGAACCGACAAUAA